UUCCUUUAUAAAAGGGCAUGUGUUAUAUGAGAGAUUGAGCUAGAGAGAUAAUCAUAUUCAUAAUGUCAAAAAAUUCUAGUCCUAGUGGUUCAGAGAUAGAAGAGAAGAGAGUUACUUCUGUUUUUCUUGAUGAUGGUUUCAGCAAUCAAGAAGUUAAAAAGGUAGAAAGGCUCAAAUCUGCAAAAGCUGAGAUGGGUGAGGUGAAAGAAGAAAACGAGAGACUCAAGAUGAUGUUGAAUCAAGUAGAAAAGGACUAUCACUCACUUCAACUACGUUUCUUUGACAUCCUCCACAAAGAAGUUUCCAACAAAGGUGUAGCUGAAAAUUCACCUACUCCCCAUGAUCAUGAAAAUGAAGAACCUGAACUUGUGUCACUUUGCCUUGGAAGAGGACCUAGAGAAUCUAAGAAAGGAGCAAUAAUAGAAAAGUUGAACCAACCAAGAGAAAAAGAAGAUGUGGAAGUGAACCUUAGUCUUGGAUUGGAGUCAAAAUAUCUUCUUUCAAUGGAGGUGGUGUCUGAUUUGAGUCCUGUGAACAGCUCAGAAGAAUUACCAAAGGAAGUAGAGUUAGCUGAGGGAACAUUGAAAACAAAUAAAUCAGCAAAAGUGGUGAAUGUGAAUGAUGACAUUUCAGAUCAAAUGCCUGCAAAGAAAGCCAGGGUAUCUGUGAGAGCUAGAUGUGACACUCCCACGAUGAAUGAUGGAUGCCAGUGGAGAAAAUAUGGACAGAAGAUAGCAAAAGGAAAUCCAUGUCCACGAGCAUAUUAUCGUUGCACAGUUGCACCAGCAUGCCCAGUUAGGAAACAGGUGCAAAGAUGUGCUGAUGACUUGUCCAUCUUAAUCACCACAUAUGAAGGAACCCACAACCACCCACUUCCAGUCUCAGCAGCAGCCAUAGCUUCCACCACUUCUGCUGCAGCUUCAAUGCUUCUAUCAGGUUCUUCAACAUCUCACCAUGCAGGUUACACUUCUGCACUCAGUGGUCUCAGUUUCAAUCAGCAAUUUGGUGAACAAAGAGCAAAACAUGCCUUCUUACCACCAAACCAAGCCUCACAUUUGUUCCCUACAGUCACUGUAGACCUCACUUCAUCAAACAACAUGGCUUCUUCAAACCAAAGAUUUUCUCCAAACAGUCUUAGCUUUUGCUCCCCUCAUGAGCCUAAUUUCACACAUUCCAAUGUUUGGGGUAAUAAGGGGUUCCCCAAUAAUGGCACAUUAAGACCCUUAAACCAUUUCCAAGAACAUAAUUUCUACCAUCAACAAUGCAUGACAACAAACCAAACAAGUAAUUCUUUGGCAGAAACAAUUACCAAAGCAAUCAGCACAGAUCCAAGCCUUCACUCAGUGAUAGCUGCUGCUGUUUCAUCACUAGUGGGACCAAGUGGGAACCAAAAACCAGGGUUGAACUUGAAACUGGGUCAGCAUCAUGAUCAUCAAUUAGUUUCUUCUAAUUUGUUGAACCAGAAUAAUGGGAAAGGAUGCAUAAAUGGCUACUUUAAAAGGUUGACCUCUGCAAAUUCUCAGGCCAGAAACUUCAUGCUUCUCAAACCCACAUUGCCAUUUUCUGUUUCCAAUAGUAGCACAGGCACAUCUCCUUCCAUUGUUAAUCAGAUCAAGCAUAAUUAUGAUCCUGAUAUGAACACACAUCAUUAGCUAUGUUUUCUUCUUUUUUGUGGCCAAGGUUUAGGAUCCUCUUAUUUCAUGUUGAAAUAAAUAUAUAGGACCACACAAAGAGAAGGCAAAACGAGAAAAUCAGCCGAAAAUCAAUGUUGUCGUCCCACAAUCAAGUCAUUCCAUUCCAUUUUUGUAACACUCGAGCAAAUUGUUCAGACUCAAAGGCAACACAGUUACUGAAAUUAAUUACUACGAAUGUGUAAAUUUAAUUAUUUUAUUUUAGACUUAAAUAUAUUUUUAGUCCUUAUAAAUAA